AUGAUACCAGGUGCUAUCAACUUACCAGCUGACUCUUUAUCUCUUACGCUGCCUAGCCUUUUACCCUCACUUAACCACGGUCGUGGUCCGAGAGCAGCUGGCUGGUUUGCAGAGACAUUGAAUGAAUACUUGAACACCGAUGAAGGCUUGCGCGAUUGUGUGUACGCUUUAACAGGCGGUAUUAAAGCUUGGAAGGAGAAGUUUGGUAGUUGUUCACUAGAAGAUCGCGGUAAACGUUGGGAUGACAAGUCAUGGUCGACAAUUGAAUUGUAA